GUGAACCACCCCUUUAAGAUUAAUAAUGUUCCUUUUUUAUAUAGAAAAAUGUGGUCUACAAUCUACAGGGAAAACAGCAAUGCACAAAAGAGCUAAUGUGUUCUUAAAUAUCUUUUGCUAUACCUAAUAUUCCAGAUUUACCUGAACUAAACAGAAGCAGGCCCUUGUGUAACAUGAAUACAUUUUGUUUUAUUAGUCCUACCUUUUAUUCUGUGUUCUCACAAAGCUUUUGUGGAAAUGUAUUGUUCUUUGAUAAAUUGUUAUAAGCCAGAAGAUCGCUAUUGGAGCAGCAAGCGGCCACACCUUUACUCACUCCCCCCUCGGAACCUCUCCUUUCCUACCUACUGUACCUCUCUCAGGUCACUCCCUCUCCCUUUGAGCAACAAGCAGCCGGCAGGUACACAGCUGCCUAUGGCACAGGUGCUGCAGUCAAAUCCCAGUUUACACUUCAGGCUAAGCACAUAAUUGUGCUACUGCAAUCCUUAUACAGAGAGAGCACCUCCUCAAGGAAGCAGCACAGCUGUGAAUAGAAAGUGAACGAGCACAACGGAGGUUCUAGAAGAUGGUAACCCAUAAGUUUUGGAUCUUGGUCUUGGUUGUAGUCAUCUUCAUUGGGAAUAUGUCUUACAUUUACUAUAACAAUAUCAAAGUUGCAUCACUCUUAGGAUUCAUUCAAAGCAGUGAACUACAAAAUGUCACUGACACCAAGCCAGUCACUGUCCCCCGACUUACUGGCAUGUGGACUGUAGGUCCGGCGGGGCGUCUGGGAAACCUCAUGGGGGAGUACGCAACACUCUAUGCACUUGCCAAGCUUAAUGGCCACCAGGCCUAUAUCAACCAAAACAUGCAUAAUCAACUCUCAAAAAUUUUUAAAAUCAAGUUGCCUGUAAUUAACGACGAAGCUAUAAGUCGUAUAAGGUGGAGAGACUAUUGGCUCCACGAUUGGAUGUCACCAGAAUACGCUAAUAUACAAGGGGAGUUUGUUAGAUUAGGUGGCUACCCAUGCUCAUUUACAUUCUACGACCACAUAAAGAAUGAGAUCCUGGAGGAAUUCACAUUCCUUGAUUACGUUAAAGAAGAAUCCUAUGCCUACCUCGAUAAAGCCAGGGGAGAUCGGGAAAAUGUUACGUUUGUUGGGAUUCAUGUCCGCAGAGGGGACUAUGUGCAUGUAAUGCCCAAUACAUGGAAAGGGGUGGUUGCAGACAAGGGCUACUUGGAUAAAGCUACAGACUACUUCAGACAAAAGUAUGAAAACCCCUUGUUUAUAGUAACCAGCAACGGCAUGGACUGGUGCAAGGAGAAUAUGAACAAUUCAAGAGGGGAUAUUCACUUUGCUGGAGAUGGGCACGAAGGUUCCCCAGGACGGGAUUUUGCCCUUUUGGCCCAUUGCAACCACACGAUUAUGACUAUAGGAACCUUUGGGGUCUGGGCUGGAUAUUUGGUAGGGGGUGAAACGGUCUACCUAGAUAAAUAUGUUUUGCCGGAUUCCCCGUUCCUAAAAGUGUUUAAGUACGAAGCUGCUUUUCUUCCUGAGUGGAUUGGGAUUCCUGCAGACCUCUCGCCCCUCACUGGGAAGAAGGACACAAACUAAACCGUCCAAUUGAUUCUUGCAGUUCAUUGAGGAUGAUAAAUGCAUCCAGCUUACCGUGAAAGAGCCAUUGUUACCUCAUGUAAGGUUCCUAGAGAUACGAAGGCAGCCUUUGCACUUAUUAUGUAUGUUAGAAAGAAAGUGUCUGCUGUACGGAGGGAGAGAUUAUCGGCAAUCCUUGCAUUUCUCCUUGACAAUAUAUGGUGUACUAGUCCAGCAUGGUGGGCCUCCAGCUUAAAUAUGGCUUCUGGGAAUUGUAAAUCAAUAACAGAUAGAGGGUGACAGGUGACAGUGGGUACAUCUGCCAUUGUAGAGAGGCCAUCAAAAAUCCCCUUUUUUCAAUGGGCCACUGCCAUACUGAAAAGUACUAAAUACUGCUUUUCACUGGCCCAGCACUUGUAUCUAAGAGGUGGCUCCCUUAGCCCAUUAUUACAUUUUUGAAAACAGAUAUGUAGUAUCGUUAAUAGGGUUGUUUGCCUUUGAAUUGAUUUUUUCUUUUGCAGUUGGUUUUCAUUUUUUUAUCACUUGCGGGUUUUCAAUUAUUUCACAUUUUGUUCAGCAACUAUUCAGUUUGGAAUUUUAGCCGUCAUCUGGUUGCUAGGAUUCAAAUUACCUUAGCAACCAGGGAAUGGUUUGAAUGACAGACUGGAAUAUGAAACGUUGCCUAGAAAUGGCCAUUCGAUAACAUACUAAAAGUUAACUGUGAACCACCCUUUUAAUAAUUUGAUUAGGCCCCACAAUUCCUAUUUGCACAGGGCCCCUAUGGCUCAGGUAGGAUUUGGAUAGAAAGCCUGCAGCCAAUGCAUCAUCUGGGAUUAAUGUCUAGAAUUGUAUAUAUUUUUCUGAAGCCGUGCAAAGUUUCCUCCUACGCGUAUGCCUUUCUACCAGCGAUUCACAUUGCUGGUGCUGGUGAAAAGGCAUUUUGGAGAGAUAAAUCGCAGAGGGAGCAGAGAUUUAUUGCUGCGACUAAUCGUUCUGUGGGGCAUUAGCCUUAGAGGCUGGCUUUAGAAAUAUGGACAAUGCUUUUUAUCUAUAUUUAUAUUUAUAAGAGAGGUAAGUGUAUGAACCCUUGUACAGUCUUCUGGUCUUGCUUUAUAUUCCCAGUGCUUCCCAAUCUCCCCAUGCUCUCCUAAUAUAGCUUAACACACACAGCUACUUGUCGCAGCUACAUAAUAGACAAUACUAAUAACUGUCUCUACGUGUGUUUUAGCAGAGACAAUUCUCAUUAUUUUCUAUGGCAGGGUAUUUUGUAGCCAUGACAAGUAGCUCCGUGUGUCAUAGCCCUUAGGCUCCUAUGCGCCACUUUCUGCACCCCCCUACCUCAUUUCUUACUUCUUACUCCAGCAAUCCCCUUUAUCUUGAUUGCACUACAUGGCCAGCAGUACAAGGGUUUUACUGAGCAUCUGCCUGCCCUUCUACAUCUAUCAUUUAAACAGAUACUGUCAUGAUUUUUACAGUGCACUUUUUUAUUUCUAAAUAACACUGUUUACAUAGUAAAUAAUUCACUCU